CAUAUUGUGUUUGUUUACGGCACACUUAAAACAGGUCAACCAAAUCACUAUAUAUUAAAGGACCCUGAUAAUGGUGUUGCCGAUUAUAUAUGUACAGCUGAAACGGCGAACAAGUGGCCGUUAGUGAUCGCAUCCAAAUAUAACGUGCCAUACCUUUUGUAUAAAAAACAUUGUGGCAAGAAAAUAUACGGCGAAUUAUACUCGGUUGAUAAAAACAUGAGGGACAAAAUGGACGACUUUGAGGGUCAUCCAAGAUUUUACCGGCGCCUGGAGGUACAGGUGCUUACGGCCGACGGCACCUCAAUCAAGGCGUGGGCUUAUUUUCUCGUUGAGUUUAAGCCACAACUACUAGAGCUCGAGACUCACGACGUGUACAACACUUAUGGCGAUCACGGCUUACGUUAUGUCGAGGGCUGUGAACGCAAUGAUCCCGAGGCGGAGAUUAACGCACUGAUAGCUGAAAUUAAAUUGAGC